AUGGCAGCGGAAGGACCGCCGGGCACGGACACGCCACCGGUCAAUUUAAGCAGGUCUAUCGCCGGUCUGAACAAAUGGAGCAACCUGGAGCUUCAAGCCAAGCUGGCGGAGAUGGGAGCGCCGAAUAUGGGCCCCAGGGAGGAACUGAUCGAAAGACUCAGGGACUACAUGAUCCAGACCGGAAUUCCCCUCAGCAAACCUAUUGAUGAGAAAUUAAUGGCCUCCCAGAUGGGCGUCAUUCCUCCUAUGCCGCCGAUGCCCAUGCCUCCCAUGCCGCCCGGGAUGGGGAUGCUCCCGGCUAUGAGCAUGAUGGCCGGCGGGCCGCCGCCUCCGCCCGGCAUCCACAUGGGCAUGGAGCCCCCUCCCGGCCUGUCGCAGGAGGACCAGCUGAAGAUGGUCCAGCAGAGAGCGGCCAUGGUGUUACAGCAGGAGGAGAGGGCCAGCCAGGGCGAUUCCCACGUCAUGGAUGAGCAGGAUCUUCUGGAGCAACAGAAAAGGGCCGCCGUGCUGCUCGAGCAGGAGCGUCAGCAGGAGAUGGCGAAGAUGCAGCCCAGAUCGCUGCCCACUGCCACCUUGAUAAGAGGUCUGGAUCCCCGUGGGCCGCUGCCCCCCGGUGUCACCAUGUUGCCCACCCAGAAACAGAGGGUGCCCCCUCCCCCAGGAGAAGACAACAGAGAUUUAUGGCAGACUGAGGAGAUGAGCAUCACUGGGCCGAAGAUCCCUCAGGCUCUGGAGAAGAUCCUGCAGCUGAAGGAGAUCAGACAGGAGCAGCUCACUGAUCCUGCUGCAGAAGAGGAAGACGACGAAGGCGCUGACCCGGACAUGAACUCAUCGGUCAUGUCAGAAAAUGAGGACGACGACGGUCAGGCGUCGAAAAAAGACAAAAACAAAAAGCGCAGGAACCGCAAGAAGAAGAGCAAGAAGAAGCGAGCGCAGGAGAAGAAGGAGCAGGCGGAGCAGCAGCAGAAGGAGGGCGGCGGCAAGAAGGAGAAGGAGAAAGAGAAAGAGAAGGAGCCGGAGGUGGAGAUCGAGUACGUCACAGAGGAGCCGGAGAUUUACGACCCCAACUUCAUCUUCUUCAAGAGGAUUUUCGAGGCUUUUAAGUUGACUGACGACGUGAAGAAGGAGAAAGAGAAGGAGCCGGAGAAGGCCGAGAAGCUGGAGACAACCGUGCUGCGGAAGAAAGGCUUUGAGGAGGAGAGGAAGGACAGUGACGACAGCGACGAGGAGACCAGACCGGAUCAGCCCAAACUGUCCAAGAAGAAGCUGAGGAGGAUGAACAGGCUGACCGUGGCUGAACUCAAACAGCUCGUAGCCCGUCCAGACGUGGUGGAGAUGCACGACGUGACGGCUCAGGAGCCGAAGCUGCUGGUCCACCUGAAGGCCACCAGGAACACGGUGCCGGUGCCCCGCCACUGGUGCUUCAAGAGGAAGUACCUGCAGGGCAAGAGGGGCAUCGAGAAGCCGCCGUUCGAGCUGCCGGAGUUCAUCAGGCGCACCGGGAUCCAGGAGAUGAGGGAGGCCCUGCAGGAGAAGGAAGACGCCAAAACCAUGAAAACCAAAAUGAGGGAGAAGGUUCGUCCCAAGAUGGGAAAGAUCGACAUCGACUACCAGAAGCUCCACGACGCUUUCUUCAAGUGGCAGAUUAAACCCAAACUCACCAUCCACGGAGACCUUUACUACGAGGGAAAAGAGUUUGAAACUCGUCUGAAAGAGAAGAAGCCAGGAGAUCUGUCUGAUGAGCUGCGUAUUGCUCUGGGGAUGCCAGUCGGACCCAACGCCCAUAAGGUGCCUCCUCCCUGGCUGAUCGCCAUGCAGCGGUACGGCCCCCCUCCGUCCUACCCCAACCUCAAGAUCCCCGGGCUGAACUCCCCCAUCCCAGAUAACUGUACGUUUGGCUACCACGCCGGAGGCUGGGGGAAGCCGCCAGUGGACGAGAUGGGCAAGCCGCUCUACGGCGACGUCUUCGGGACCAACUCCGCCGACUUCCAGGCCAAAGCGGAGGAGGAGGAGGUGGACCACACGCCGUGGGGCGAGCUGGAGCCCUCGGACGAGGAGUCGUCGGAGGAAGAGGAGGAGGAGGAGAGCGACGAGGAGAAGCCGGACGAGACCGGACUGUUCACGCCAGCAGACAGCGGGCUGAUCACUCCGGGAGGCUUCUCCUCGGUCCCCGCCGGCAUGGAGACCCCCGAGCUGAUCGAGCUGAGGAAGAAGAAGAUCGAGGAGGCCAUGGACGGAAACGAGACGCCACAGCUGUUCACCGUUCUCCCGGAGAGGCGGACCGGCCCGGUCGGAGCCGCCAUGAUGGCCUCCACGCACAUCUACGACAUGUCCGGGGCCAUGGUGAGCCGCAAGACGGGCAGCAGCCAGGACUCGCAGGGCGUGGAGGUGGCGCUGGCCCCCGAGGAGCUGGAGCUGGACCCCAUGGCCAUGACGCAGAAGUACGAGGAGCACGUGAGGGAGCAGCAGGCCCAGGUGGAGAAGGAGGACUUCAGCGACAUGGUGGCCGAGCACGCCGCCAAGCAGAAGCAAAAGAAGAGGAAGGCCCAGCCGCAGGACACGCGAGGCGGCGCCAAGAAAUACAAAGAAUUCAAGUUUUAGAGCCGCGCGAAAGUUUGUUUCAGUGGAGGCAGAUCAGACAGCUGCUUUACUGCAUUCAUGUCAUACUCCUUUUUUUAAAAAAAAAGAAUACAUGUUGUCCUCGCACCUCUCAUGCAGUGUGUCUCACAUGAGAAUCGACUUUUUAGGUUUUCUUUUUUCCUAUUUUGUCUCCUGUUUUCUUUUUGUAAAUAAAUGACGUAAUGCCUGAAAUCCAGA